AGAGAGAGACUCUGCAUUUCAUUUUAGAAAAUGCCAUUUAUAAUUGCUCACACUGUUACUUGGCUCAGAAGAUGAGUUGCGUUGCUUGAAAUCACACAGCAUAUUUCGUCCUGAUUAACAAAUACUCCAAAACCUUUUCAGGAACAGUGGAGAAGACAGACGGGAUAAUUUUUUUAAAAAAUGUAAAUAAAAUGGAAAGGAUAGCAGGAAAGAGAUAGACGAGCCAGUAAUAUAAAGCUUCUCUUCCUGAUCCCCCACCCACCCCUUAAUUUUCUUUAAUUAGCAGACAAACAUAUUCUGAGAACAGGGGCUCUUUCAUCUCAUCUCUGGGCAAAGGACUACCAAAUUCAGGUAGCAGGUUGAGAGAAGCCACUUGCUGGAAUUGAGAGAGGAUUUAAAAGAAUCCUACAACAGAGACCGACCGCUUAGCUUUACUCGAUGGUAUAUAGGACGAUUCAGCAAAGGACGUGAUAUUGGAAACUGGCUAUAUCAAUUUGGGCAGCUGAAUAACUGACCGCGAAAUCCUCCAAGAUGGAUAGUCCAUUCAAGAUGGAUUAUCUGCUGGAUGUCGAUGCUGCUUACCGGCUGUUUUACAGUCAAGGAGCUCAAGCUCGCCGGGCGACCCUGCUCACCGUACCCACAUUAAUGGCGGCUUCUUCCGAAGAGGACAUAGACAGGAGACCCAUCCGGAGAGUUCGGUCCAAGAGUGACACGCCUUACCUAGCCGAGGCCAGGAUCUCCUUCAAUCUCGAAGCAGCUGAGGAAGUGGAGAGACUGGCUGCAAUGCGUUCAGACUCAUUGGUUCCAGGGACACACACCCCUCCUAUAAGGAGGAGAAGUAAGUUUGCCAAUCUAGGAAGACUUUUCAAGCCAUGGAAAUGGAGGAAGAAGAAGAGUGAAAAGUUCAAGCACACAUCAGCAGCACUUGAAAGAAAAAUAUCAAUGAGGCAAAGCAGAGAGGAACUUAUCAAGAGAGGAGUUCUGAAGGAAAUAUUUGAUAAAGAUGGAGAGCUUUCUAUACAGAAUGAAGAGGGAUCAUUGGAGAAUGGACAGGCGUUGAGUUCCAGCCAAGUAUCACUGCAAGCCCUAUCUGAACUGGAGCCAUGUUCAAUAUCUGGGGAUUCCUGUAGUUAUGAAGUACUUCAGAAUCCAGAGGUCAUGGAUGGAACAGUGUCUGAAGAGAGUCCCACGUCCAGUGAAUCUGGAAUCCACCUCCCUCAAGAACCUACAUCUAAACCAGUCUUGCUACUCCCCCCUAAAAAAUCUGCUGCUUUCUCUGGAGAUCAUGAAGACACCCCAGUGAAGCAGCUUUCCCUCCUCAAACAACCCCCUGCCCUGCCUCCUAAGCCCAUUACCAAGAUUGCCAACCAUUUAGCUGAUCCUGGUGCUCCGAUGAAGCUGCCUUGUAUGCCAGUCAAGCUAUCACCUCCGCUACCUCCAAAGAAAGUCAUGAUUUGCAUGCCUUUAGGGGGACCCGAUCUCUCCCUCACAUCCUAUUCCACACAGAAGAACUCCCAACAAUCAUUGACUUCGCAUCAUCACACAGUCCUACCAUCACAGUUAGCAGCGCACCAGCAUCAGUACGGCAGCCACAGCCCACAUAUGCCUUCUGGAUCCAGCACGUUACCCAUGCACCCUUCAGGAUGUCGCAUGAUCGAAGAGUUGAAUAAAACACUGUCCAUGACCAUGCAGCGGCUAGAAAGCUCCAGUUUACAUGGCGGUGACAGCCACUCAAAAACUGGACCUGGAGGCCUUGCAGACAUGAGACAAGUGCCAACUGUUGUGAUUGAAUGUGAUGACAAUAAAGAAAAUGUGCCUCAUGAAUCUGACUUUGGCGAUUCUUCAUGCCUCUAUGCAAGAGAAGAAGAUGAUGAGGAGGAAGAAGAGGAAGAUGAUGACAGCUCGUUAUAUUCAAGCUCCCUAGCAAUGAAAGUUUGCAGGAAAGAUUCUUUAGCUAUCAAGUUGAGCAACAGGCCAUCCAAGCGUGAGCUGGAAGAGAAGAAUAUCCUCCCCGUGCAGACAGAUGAGGAGCGGCUGGAGCUCAGGCAGCAGAUUGGCACCAAACUGACAAGGCGGCUGAGCCAGAGACCGACUGCUGAAGAAUUAGAGCAGAGGAAUAUUCUCAAACCACGGAAUGAGCAAGAGGAACAGGAAGAAAAACGAGAAAUCAAGAGAAGAUUAACCCGCAAGCUAAGUCAAAGGCCUACAGUUGAAGAGUUGAGAGAGAGGAAAAUUCUCAUUCGUUUUAGUGAUUACGUAGAAGUGGCAGAUGCUCAGGAUUAUGACAGACGGGCAGAUAAACCAUGGACCAGGCUAACAGCUGCUGACAAAGCAGCAAUUCGCAAAGAGCUAAAUGAAUUUAAGAGCACUGAAAUGGAAGUUCAUGAAUUAAGCAGGCAUUUAACAAGGUUUCACAGACCAUAGGAACUGAAUAUGCUGCCAUCUUGAGAACGUAAUGGAAAAGAACCAUAAGUGCUGAUGUCAUUCAUUUCUCUGUUACGUACAGUGGUAAAUCUUCUGAACUGCCUUUCUAAAACCUAUAAAAACAUGCAGGAAACGUGAGUUUUCUCAUCCUGGGAAUAACUUUCUCAUACAAUUUGUUGGCACAACAUUCAGCAACUGAGGCUAUCUUGGCAAGAAUCAUGCCUGGAGUUGGCACUUAUAUUUUAAAUGCUGCUGUGUGGAGUUCCCAAGCCAUUCAUUCACAUUAGUGGUCUUUGUUUGGAGCCCGUCAGUCCUCUUUCAUCUCUGAAGGAAGCUGAGACCCUUGGUAUUUGGCACUGACAGAAGCUCUGCUGGACACAGUCACUGUUCUGGAACAACAUUUCUACCAAGCAUUUCAUUCUGUGUGGAGCACCUUAGAACUUGAUGGGGUGAACUGGGGAAAUAGAAUCCACCUCAAAGGAUCCAUCUCACUUUGACUUUCCAAGCCCCACCACCCCCAGGAAGAUCUUCGGCUGACUGGUGGAUACUCUUGAUUUCUACAGGACCAAGAAGGAUUCUUCAUCAUCCAUUUCUCCUCUUCAAAUGAUUCUUUUGCUGCAAUGUUUGGAAGAGUCCGAGAUUGAAGAACUUUUCAUAGCAAGCUUAUUUUCUACAGUGGAACGUGUCAUACUGCCUUCUGCCCUGCUGACUAUUUCAUGUUUCAUAUGGUCCUGUGUAGCAGUUCGAUAGCCUAGCUUGUCCUGGCGUGGCCUGUCAGCUUUACAUAGGUUUUUCCAAUUCAUUAAUGUGCAAGACAGAAAAGGCACAAGUUAAAGAGAACCCUAAGGUUGACUUUAUGCUGUAUGCUUGGAUGUUGAUUUUUCUUUUCUUCUUUUAACAGGAGGGAUUUCUAUUCUUCAAAGUGCUUCUUGGUAUAACUAAAUAUGCUGUUGUGAAUGGCUGAGUCUUAAAUUGAGAACCAAAGCAUUUAGCAAAAGGCUAGAGAUGUGAUAUUGUUAUUAUUUAUUAUAUUUUAUAUUUUAUUUUAUUAUAUUAUUUCACGUUUAAGGUAUUGGUCUUCUCUUAAUAAGUUUAUCUUUGCACAUUGGAAAGAAUUAUGAAUCCACUGUAUCAAAACACUUUGGUGAUGUCUACUAACAUCUACAUCUAGUUCAGAUUAAACAUAUCUGAUUAUGCCUUUUAGGUAGAAACUUUGCCAUCUUGAACUUUUUGGCCAUCCAUACAAAUCACUAUAGAUAUGACAGCUUUAAUUCUCAGACCUUCGCUGGUAUAAGACUAUAAUCUGGGAUCCAAAUGUGGUUGUACUUAGAGGAGACCCGUUAUAGUGAAUAGAGUUUAAAUAGACAAUAACUUAAGUACUAUUGAUUUCAGUGGGUCUCCUCUAAGGUGAUGGCUACUUAAAUUCAGGUGAUUUUAGUGGGCUUCAUCUAUUUAGGAUUAAAUCAUGAGUGGUUGAUAAAUUUUCUUUUAGAAAACAUGUAUAUGGAAGCACAUUUUAAUGGGUGACUGCAAUGAUUCAGGUUCUUCUCUAAACUAAAACCUGAGUCACUGCAGUGCCCAUUACAAUCCUGAGUUCCAAUGAAUAGGUGAUUAAACUAGACUAAGAAAAUCCAUUUUUUCUUAUACAGUUUAGUUUUGUCUAGUUAUGUUACUCUGGGCAUAAGAAAAAAAGGAGAUGAAGUAAGAGUACUUUGUUUUUAGAUAAAAGUACAUGUAUUUUUUUUACUUAAAAAAUGCAAAAAAAAAAAAAAAGAUUACGACACCACUAGUGGUCAGCAGAUGAAGUAGGUGGGCUUGUAGCUGGGUGAAUUGCUAGGACUGUGGAGAUGGGAGGGUAGUGAAAAUGUUAAUUAAUUUGCCUGGUUUGCACAGAGCAAAUCUAUGGCAAAUAAACUGUUUUUCAUACCUUGAAAACUGUCAUUUUAACAUAGCCAGUUUUCAUUUGUCAUAGUUUCAUAGCGUUAUGAAAUAAUGGAGACCUGCUUGCCCACCAUACCAGCCUUUCAGUCCACCAACCCUUGGGUGAAGCUCCUCCCCAUUGUUCAAAGACUUAUUCUUCCCACCACCACGGAUUAUCUUUUUUUCUUUCUUCCUUUUUGAGAAGAAUUAAUAGGUUACAGAACUGAUCCUCUCCGCACAUCUGAAUUUCCAGAUGACUUUAACUCCACUUUGCUCACAAUCCAGGUAGUUCCUGUCUCCUGCCUCUUUACCUAUGAAGAGUAAAAGACCAGGACCACACAUGAAGGUUCGACUGAACUGCUAAAAGCCCAUGCACAAGAAUCUUCUCAGCUAAUGGUCAGCACCUGUUUAGAGUUAGAUAAGGGUCAAUGACACUCAACGGAGGAUUGGACUUAGUUCAUUUGAACUAUGUAGAUUCUAGGCUGAUCCCCCUUUCACUCUGCCCCCAGCUACUGCCAUUCCUUCUCUUACAUCAUCUUCCAUAAAAGUGAAAGCAUUUUUGUCCAUGUUGAAGACACAAGGAAUAGUAACUCCUUUAUUUAUUUAUUUUUAUGCAGGUAAAUGGAUGGAAUCAAGAAAUAGGGCAAAACUAAUUCAUACAAUGGAACCAUAUGGUGUGUAGCUUAUCAAAACGGAGGGUUGUUUUGCUUUCUGCAUACAAAUCUUUUCAGGCUUUUGUGUGCAAAAUAUUUUAUUCCAAUCCUUACCAUCCAUACAAGUUUCAAAUCGUUGAAUUGGGCAAAACUCUUUGUCCAUUUUCAAAAAGUCGAAGUUAUCAGCUGAGGUCCCACCAACUCAAUGUUUAAAUAACUGAUUAUUCCCUAAAAAUUUUCUGGUGAAAAAUAGCUUAUUUUUGAAGAUUGAAUGGUGUUUGGUCUUUCUAAAGCAGAGUCAGCUGAAACACCAAGUAUACCCUACUGCUAUGCCAAAUUUAACUAUUUUCACCACUAAAAUCUAUGGAUAUGGGCAACAAGCUAUUUUUGUUGCCCUACUCCCAUUCGUUUCACCAGGGCUUGAGUAGGGUGUAUUUUAUUUACAGGGAGACGAGAAGUCUUUUUCCUAGCAUAUUGAGUUUAUUUCUAAGCCUUUGUUGUUCACAUGAAGCUCUCACAGACAUCUAUUUUCCACUCCUGGGGGAACUAUUUUCCCCCCUAAUCUUUAUGAAAGAAUGAUUGUAAAUCUUGCAAAAGGCACACAGGAUUGCAAGUUAGUCCUGCAUCCAACUUGAUUAGACAGCUUAAUUUAAUGGUUGCAGGACUAGAAAUGAGGAUUCCAGUUGCUCUCCAAGUUAUUCUGAAACCGGUACAUUUCCCAGGCCCUCUUCCCAUCAAAUGAAUGUACAUAGUUUUUGUCUUUGUAUAGGAGUGAAUGUGGUGACAGUCAAGACUGUGAUCUUCCAGUAUUGUAAUUUAACAGAUUAUGGCUGUAUGAAAAAACGAUGAUAAAAUGUAAAUAUCUAGAGAAAACACUAAAGUGAAUCUCUACAUCUAGAGUUUCAAUUUGUACAUACUGAAACUGCAUGGUAUUUAAAUUGUCUUGGAUGUAUGCAGUUUCUUUAAAAAAACGUUUCAAAGAAAAAAAUGUUCUGGUUUUCUUUCUUCUGUCUGUUACAUGUUCAGAGACGCUCAGGAAUCAAAAUUUGUUCUAGGAGCCACCAUAAAAAGACCCCACCAAUCAAUUUGGUCAUUGAUUUUGGAGAUUAAGCAAUCCCAUUUGCCUUUUUUACAUUUUAGGUUUUUUUUCAUUGUUUCCAGUUCUUCAGAAAUCAUAGCUAUGGUUUCAAUUCACUGGAAAAAAAUUGCAGUUAAUUAUUUUGUCAAAUUCUGCCAAGUCUUCUCUUUAAAUACUUUCUCUCAGCCCUGGACAGUUAUUGAUUGAAGAGUGUAUCACUGAAUUAAUUACACUCCACAAAGCAAGCCGUUCCAGCCUUAAUCUUUGUAUGCAAAACUGAGUGAUGAGUUUUCCACUAACAUUCACAUGGUAAUAUUUGAUUUCUGAGCAUUGUGGAAAAAAAACUAUGAGCUUUUUCUACACUAAUCUAAAAUAGAUUUGUUCAGGUGAAAACCUUUGCAGAACAUUAAAGAGAACAGCCUGCCUCUGAAGAAAGAUUUGAAUUUCACUAGUCUGGCACCUUAUUUUUAAAUAGCAAUUCACGCUUGAAACAGUGAGGACUCUUGCACUGCUGUGGAAGAAAAUAAAAUUUGAAGACGGGA